UAUAGCCUUGGAGACUGGGGAUCUCGUGGGGGAUGCAGACUGGGGGCCGCCUGGACAGCAGGAUGCGGUGUCAGCCUGGUUCUUCUCCUGUCCCGAGGGGACAGGGUGGUCGUGGGCUCCAUUUUAUUGCCAUCAAUUGCCGAAGAGACAAAGCUGCCCGGCCAGCGGCUUUGCGGUGGCGCCUUGUGUCCAGCCGUGUGUCGAGCCAACGCCACUCUGACUCUUGUGGGGUGAAUGCGUGUGUGAGUACAUACAUGUGUCUGUGUUCACAUCUGUGUCGUCUGUGCCGGAGGAUCGCUGCAGAGCCUGUGACAGCGGACGGGACGGGACUAGCAGUGACGGGCGCGGAGGUGGCGGCGGCAGCUGCUGUUGGCAGAGACGGGAGAAGGCACCAGCUCCAGCCGUCCACGGGGAGCUGGGAGCUGCCUCCGAAACGAAGGCAGGGAGCUGGUGUCCCCUGGGGAUGGCUGACUGCAGCAGGAACUGUCGAAGGGGGCCCUGCCUGCAGCCCUGGGGGGUGCCCAGCACCGCAUUCCCCCUCCCAAAGAGGACCAAUGUCGCUCCCCUACGGCUGGAGCAGGACAGCAGCGGGGCAGUCGCCCACCCGUCUCGGUGCGCAGACGUGUGCUGCCCUAGCACCCUGCAGCAGGAUGCCCCCAGCUGCUGCUCUGCGUGUCGGGCUGGGAUCUAGAGCUGGUGGGAACAGCUCCAGGGUGCGGGGAUGCUGCAGCUCCUCCCCGGCUCCCAUGACGGCUGCCCUGGUGCAGACACGCAAGGAGGGGACCUUGGGGUGGUGGUCCUGGCUCUCUGCUGUCCUUCCGUGCCCUAGCUUGGGGCUAGGGUGGCACUUUCUGCCCUGCACAGCACCUGUAAGAUGUGGGCUGCUCGCAGGCCCUCUCGCAGUGCCAAAGAGCCCCUGGCAUGGUGCAGCCUGGGGUUACCCAGGAGUGCACGCAGCCUGCUCGGAGCCCGCGGUGGAGGUCUUGUGCUCUGUGUAUCGAUUCCCUUCCCCUAUGCCCGGUUUGUAAUGGGUCUUUUUUCCUGAUGUGGCCAUUUCUGUGGUAUCCAGCCUUCCCUCCUGCCCAAACAAAGGCUUCAGUGUGCCUCGCAUCUCCCCCAGGGGCUCCUGGCUCCUUCCUUCCUUCCCGAGGCAAUCCUUUUGCUUGCAACGUGGCUUCAGCUGCUGUGGAGACCACGUGCAAAGCAGCUGGCUAGUGCCUCGGCUGGGAAGAAGGGGUACCCUGAACCAAAAAGGGAGAGGCAAACCCUAGCCCAGCCCUGGGGGGGAUGGGGGAGGGUAUCAGGAUCCUGGCUGUGCAGCGUGACCUUGGCCAAGGCCUUCCCAAGAUCAUUCUGGUUUCCCUUGCCUCUCUUCCAGUGGCAGCUUGUGAGGAUCUGCAUCUCGGCUACCCCCUCCCAGGCUUUGCUUCCACCCUCCCUCGCUCCCCUCACCUCCGACAGGGAUGCCUUGCUUUUGCCAUGCCCGGCACCAGCGCUGCGGGCCCUCCUCUCCCAUCCCUGGAGCGCAGGGUGACCUUUCUUCCCCUGCCAGGUUAUUGCCCCGUGCCCUUUGAGCCCGGGCCAGGCGUAGGGUGCUGAGCCAGCUGCUGCUCGCGCUGCACCAGGGCGCUGAGGACAGGGUGGAGGCGGUGAGCGGAGCUCCUUGAACCCUGGGCUUCCCUGCACCCCCAGGACUUGUGAGUGAUGGUGAUCUUCGCCGGGCUAGGGAGCAGAGAGGG